GAUAGCCAAUAGGACGGCAGGGGUCAAGAAACAAAGUUCCGGCGUCUGACUUCUUUGUUUCUUUGGGCGCCGGCAAACAGCAUGCGGGCAACACGAGACAAACAAAGAUCAGCCUUGUUGUCGCAUGCGACUUGGCAGGUUGAGAGAACGAACUUAAAUGUCACCGACGCUUUCCCUGGUUGUUUCAUUUUUGAAUCCUUGGGGGGGCGGUUCCCCUGAUCUCAUCCACCUUGUCCCCUUGAUCUACUUUUUGGCCCUACUCACCUAGCGCCAUUUAUCUCCAAACUUAAGAAAGUCAAAGGGACUCAAGGAACAAAGGAACUAUGCAUGAAAAUCCAAAGAACGUCCCUCCCUACACGCCAAUGUCCUCGCUCGGGCACGAGUUGGGCAUUAUGUUCAUCUUUCUCGCGGCCUGUUUCCUGAUCAUUGGUGUGUAUGUUUACUUUUGGCGAGCAUUCGAACGCCGUGAGGCACACAGAGAAAACUCCCGCAAAGAGCGGCUCUCCGCGAGACGCUUCCACAAUGGGCGUGGCGGCAUCCAUGAGAAAUUGCAUGAUAAUCAGAGGCUCGAGUUGCCGGCGAACAGCAGAUUUGGACUUUCAAAUGGCCGUGAAGCCGGGGUGAGACCGACUGAUAUGAACAUAGGGGCGGAGUCAGCUAGCAGUCGGGGGCAUCGAGCGAAUGGAUGGAUGGAGAUGGAUAUUUUGGGUACGCCGAGGAGGUGACAAUAUCCCCUUGAAAGGGUCCAUAUUCUCAUUAGCAUGGUGUUUACUUGGCUAUCUGUCUCUUUUGCGUAUCUACGAGGGGCGUUGGCCUUUCAGGAACCUUUUCUGGGCCGCGGGUUGCUUAUAUUCUAUCAUUCUCAUGGGAUGACUUGGUCGCCGAGUCGACCGCUGACCGCUACUUUUGAUGUCGAGUCAGAUAGAAGGUCAAUCUCGUUGCAUCCGGUCUAUCUAUUGAUUUACGUCUUUUCUAUGCCCAGGCUGUUGGGAUGCUGUCAUCCGGUGGGUUCUCCAACCCCCUUAUGGAGAAGCGGAGUAUACUAAGAGUUGGGUGGCUGGUAUGGAAUCUGUCCGAAUUGACUAAAUGGAUCGUAUUGCAUAUGAGCCUCUUUAGAUUUGUUGAUCUGCCGUUGGUUAGGUGGGUUCAUAAAGGGCGUUUUCCAAUAAAAAAAAUCUAAAUCUCCC